AUGGCAACCGACCCAAACAAGCUAUCCACAGCUUUCGCAAACACACCCCUCGAAAACCACGGCCAGAAAUGGUCCGCCUUCUGGGAAGAGAAAUUCACCCCCUGGGACCGCGGCGGGCCGUCCCUAGCCUUACUGGACAUCAUCACCACUCGUCCAGACCUCAUCCCGCCUCCGCCUGCCACAUCGCCCGCAGGACAACAGCAGAAGAAGCCCACGGCCCUCGUCCCCGGGUGCGGUAAAGGCCACGACGCCCUCCUCCUAGCGAACCUAGGCUACGACGUCCUCGGCCUCGACUUUUCGCCCACCGCCAUCGCCGAGGCAAAGGAGAAUCAAAAGGCUAUAAUUGCUGCGGCGGCGGCCGGGGACGGUAAUGGAGACGGAGCAGAGCCAGACGUGAACGCCAUCCGCCAACCAAACGGCGCCGAACCGGGUUCCGUGACGUGGCUCUCGGGCGACUUCUUCUCCGACUCGUGGCUCGAGGCCUGGCCUCGCGAGGACAAUACGUUUGAUCUCAUCUUUGAUUACACUUUCCUCUGCGCCCUCCCCCCGACAGCACGCCCCCAAUGGUCAGCCCGCAUGUCCUCCCUCCUCAACCCCACCACCGGCCGCCUCAUCUGUCUCGAAUUCCCGUCCGGCAAACCUCUUUCCCAGCCGGGACCGCCGUGGGGCCUGAACCCAGAUAUCUACCUCGCCCUACUCACCCGCCCAGGCCAACCCCUCGAGUUCUCGUCUUCGACGCUAGCGGGCGACGAGGCCGACGUCGUCGUCUUCCCCCCGGCCGCAAACGAGGACGGCGGGGAAGGCACCGCCGGUCUGAAGCGCUUGGCGCUCGUCAAGCCUGCUAGGACGCAUCGCGCUGGUAUGAAUGAGGAUAGCUCGGUCCGCGAUUGGAUUCACGUCUGGAGUCACUGACAACCAUGACGGCACAUAUCUCUGGUUAUAGAUAGUUUUCUCUGUUCCGUCAAUGAUGUAUGCCUGUGCCAUGCAAUGCCCAAAAACUCCACGUACACAAAACGUGAGAAUAUAGUCUUCUCCAUACCCUCCACCCUCUAAUCGAACUACACACAUACGCCCCUCACGCCGUCGUCUUCCGCAAAGAAUUAUAAUGCUCGCCAAGUCCAUAUCCAUGCCGAUAAUACGCCAACCAAAUCUCCUUCUUCUCCUCACUCUCACCACCACCCGCCGCCGGCCCAAUCCUCUCCGUCCUCCCAUCCUGCAC